AUAAACUGAGGCCUUGCGUCUCGGCUUCUCCCAGUAGGAGAGGGGCAGGGGUUGGGGGGUAACCUCCUUGCUUCCCCCAGGAUAGACCGAAAGAAGGGACGAAGAAGGGGGAUGGGUAAGGAAGAGAAAAAGACGUGACAAAGAAAACAUUCUCUGCCUGGGAGGAGGCUGACAGAGGGUGUAGAACUGGAGGGAGCAGUCGCUGGCCAUGCCAGUACUUACCACUGAUGCUGAGUCAGAAACAGGUAUCCCAAAAUCCCUUUCCAAUGAGCCUCCUUCAGAAACCAUGGAGGAAAUAGAGCACACAUGCCCACAGCCUCGACUGACUCUGACUGCUCCUGCCCCAUUUGCAGAUGAAAUCAGCUGCCAAUGCCAAGCACCCCAUGAAAAGCUGACCAUUGCUCAGGCCCGCCUAGGAACGCCAGUGGACAGGCCUGUCAGAGUGUAUGCGGAUGGAAUAUUUGACCUCUUCCACUCAGGCCAUGCAAGGGCACUUAUGCAAGCAAAAACACUGUUUCCCAACAGCUACUUGUUGGUAGGAGUUUGCAGCGAUGACCUUACCCACAAAUUCAAAGGUUUCACCGUGAUGAAUGAAGCAGAGCGAUAUGAGGCUCUCAGACACUGCCGCUAUGUGGACGAAGUCAUCAGAGAUGCUCCAUGGACACUCACCCCGGAGUUUUUGGAAAAACACAAGAUUGACUUUGUGGCCCAUGAUGACAUUCCAUACUCCUCUGCUGGCUCUGAUGAUGUUUACAAGCACAUAAAGGAAGCAGGAAUGUUCGUUCCAACGCAGAGAACGGAGGGCAUCUCAACAUCAGACAUCAUCACCAGAAUUGUCCGGGACUAUGAUGUUUAUGCCCGUCGCAACCUCCAGAGAGGGUACACGGCAAAGGAACUGAAUGUCAGCUUUAUAAAUGAGAAGAAAUAUCGCUUUCAAAACCAGGUAGACAAGAUGAAAGAAAAGGUUAAGAACGUGGAGGAAAGAUCGAAGGAAUUUGUUAACAGAGUGGAAGAAAAGAGUCAUGAUCUAAUUCAAAAGUGGGAAGAGAAAUCAAGGGAAUUCAUUGGCAACUUCUUAGAACUGUUUGGCCCUGAUGGAGCAUGGAAGCAGAUGUUCCAGGAGAGGAGCAGCCGGAUGCUGCAGGCCCUGUCCCCGAAGCAGAGCCCCGUGAGCAGCCCCACCAGGAGCCGGUCCCCUUCGCGCUCCCCGUCGCCCACCUUCUCGUGGCUCCCCAUCAAAACCUCCCCGCCCUCCUCACCCAAAGCCGCCUCCGCCUCCAUCAGCAGCCUGAGUGAGGGGGACGAAGACGAGAAGUAAAGGCCGGGAGGAGGGCGGGGACCCCGGGAAGCCUGGGUGGCGCCUGCAGGGUGACAGCGCGGGAGCUGCGGCCCGCUAAGGGGAGGCCCUGGGACCAGCUGUCCCUCAGCCUCCGCUCAGCCCUGCGCCCGGACUCUGCAUGGAGGUCUCCAGCCGGACAACCUGUACAAACCUUCGUAGCGUCACUUAGGGCCGCUCACCUUUGACCUUGCCAAGGAGAGGUGCAGAGCUCCCCGGAGGCCUGCCCCCGUGGGGUGCCUUCUGCUUUGGUCCUCACACCUCCCCAAGUACACACCCGUGGAAGCGGCUGUUCCCUCAACCCGCUACUGCCGGCUCCCAGGGGCCCUGCACGUUGCCCCCUGCCACCCAAGCUCUGCCACGAUUAACCUGUCCCCAAGAGAAACAGCUGAGUCAAAGGCAAGCGCCAACCUUCGCAGUUCAGCCGCCGAGGCCCAGCACCGCAACGCAUCCGUUCUUCCCAGUUCCAGAAAUGUGGCGCCUACACAAAGCCUCGCUUUAGGCCAGAUAUAGGAAAGGUCAUCUACUGUAACCCUUAACUUCUUAUUCAAGGGACAGUUUUGUCAAGGACAGCGCCACGUAAGGCCUAACGGGCCCGUGGUGGUACUCUUUCAUCAUGGGUUUUUCACUGUCUUCCCCAAAUUACCUUAAUUUGUGGGAAACGCAAUAAAGAAAAACAUCCUAUAGCAAAGGCAAGUGCAGCUGCUCUGCUCUGGCUCCAGGCUUAGCAGGUGGUAAAUUGUCCUGAAGCUUCUCCUUAAAGGACCAGUGAACAGUUUCAUAGACCUCAAGUAACAGUCUGAUGUACCAACUGCAUAGUAUACCAACAGGGGGUGCUACCUGCAACAUGCCAUCCACGGUACAGACCAUAUACAACCCCAAAAACAUAGUGGUGGCAUUUUACAAUAUACUCCUCUCCUGCUGUCACUCCAAUAACCCUGCUGAAAUCCUCGGUCUCAAGGGCUCUCUGGUUUCCUUGUGACCUGGGCACUUUGUCAAAAGCUCACCCUGGAUUCCUGUAGAAAUGUCUUGGGCCAACCAGGAAAUUAGCAUGUUGUUCUCUGGCCUCCCACCCGAGUUUUGAGUGAAGGGAGGCUGUUUGAAGUUAGUGCCCUCAUCAAAGGAAGGAAGUGAGCAGGUAGUCAAGAUGUAGAACCACACUGUUGGGUAGGAGCAGCAUCGCCUGGCUGUCCCAGUAAAGCCAGAGACAGAGCCCAGCAUCUCUUGUGAAAGAAACAGACCUUCUAGGUGACAAGUGGGACAACCAGUGAAGGAGGCGGCAUGCCUUUCCCCCUUGUGUUGGGGUUGAACUACCUCCCUGCCCACCUGGAGAUGAGUGGUUACUGGGAAGUGAAAGCGUGAGGCUGAGCCGGCUUGUUCCUGGCACUUCCUCCAGAACUCUGCCGAACACUCAUGUGGGACAGGGAGCUGUCAGGAACAUGGCAUGUGAGAAGAAAUGUUCUUUUUGCAGUCCAGGCCUAGAGCAUUGCUCUGCAGAGAAAGCAAGGCCCAUCUGGUCUCUCUUCAGUCAUGCACUCAGGGCAAACUGUAUGCCUGCUGCUGCAGCUGGGUGACAUGGCAGUGAAAAGAUGAGGAGCCCAGCUGGGCGAGGCAAGGUGAGAAACAGGGAAGAGAGGUGCCUGGAGAGACGCCCAGGGCAGACAGAUCCACUGUUUCCUGAAUCCUGCUCUGGAGCAAAUAGUGUGCGGUUGUUGAUGUAUCAGGCUGACUGUAAGUUUGGAGGCCUUAUAGCCCCUACUGACAGGUGCCAUUUAUGUGACUCAGACUCAGUGCCAUCAUAGCUGCCAAUUAUGGGAAAUGCCCAAUGCCUGGGAUAUUCCAGAGAUGGGCCCAAAAGACCCACAGGUGGGUUCUAAAUCUCACCUAUUGUCCCCUCCUGACCUCUAACAACACCUCCUAAGGCUACAAGACUGAGGAGGGGGGGAUUCUGCAACCCAAUACUUGAUGCUUUCUGGCCCUCAGUUUCUCUUGGCCACCCCCUUCCCAGGAGGAGAUGGGGUUGCUCUGGACCGGCCAGUCAACAGUAAUGGCCAACUGUGGGCGGAGGCUGCAGUGAGAGAUGUACACAGUAUGAUGCAAGCGGGAGGAGGUCAGCAGAAAGGACAAAAAGCAAGGGAGGAUUCUUUUGCUCCAGAAAGGGAAGGAAGCUUCGGACUGACCAUGAGAACACAGCCCUUAGGGUUGUGGAAGGGGGCAGGUUAAAUGAAGGAGGGCGGGUGGGAGAGUAGUUCCUCUCCGCUUUCAAGUGUUACACGGUCCCCCAACAGCUGAAGGAGGCAGGCUUCCUUUCACGGACCCCCAAAGUCCAUGGGUACCCAUGCGGGAUGUGGAUCCCCUGCCCCCCGGCUUCCCCAUUUCAGCACGUCUGCAGUAGCUGCCACACCCUCCUCCUGGGGACCCUGAACGCAGAUGUUCACCCUUCCACCUGCUAAACCCACGGGGGACUUGUAAUGUCAUGGUCACAUCGAAGGGCCCGUUUGUGGGAAGCCAGCUCCCGUGUGCCGGGACCUUACGAAGGAAAAGGGGAUCAACCUCAAGAAGAGUGACCCCAAGACCGCGGCCCACCUUCUGACCUGCUCUGUGGGGAAGAGACUCAGCUGCGGGGCUGCAGCUACUGAGCGUCCUUGGAGGGGGGGACGGAAGGAGCGCGGAUCUGUUUGCUCUCCGUCAGGCCCCACUUGCGCACCCAGCUGUACCCCAGGGCAGGACGCAAGCCGGGGGCGCAGACCCAGCUGAGUUAGACGAGCCCGAGCGGGGCAGAGGCGUUGCUGUGCCUCACGCACCCGUUCCGCACCAGUCUUGGCCAUGAGCUCAUGAGGCACUUAUAGCUUCUCCCCUCUAGACUUGAGAUUUGUUGUGUCACUGUAACGUGUUCCAGGACAAAGCCAUAAGAAAAGCAUACCACUUAAGACUGCGCUGUACAUAUAACACAAGAUGACGAUGACUUACCUGGGUUCAAGUUCGACCUCCUGCCCAAGCAUUUGCUCUGGUGCUGAAUCACGCAAACUACUGGAAUCGGCC